UUUCUUGAUGCGCAGUCAAAUGCUCUACCACUGUGCUAUACUCUCCCCUGGACUAGCUUGGGGUGUACACGUAGAUACCCUGCUGGUUCCAACGUUCACAACCAUCAGGGCCCGUUCCUUGACCACCUUCCAUCCCUGCUGCAGGUCCACUCCUUCGAUGGCAGUGCAGAAGAUGCAGCUGCUCUUGUAGAUCUGGAUCUGUACAUCGGGAUCAAUGGCUGUUCCCUGAAAACGGAGGCGAAUAUCGAGGCCAUGAAGUCCAUCCCCACUGAGAGACUGAUGAUAGAGACUGAUGCGCCGUGGUGCGGGGUGAAGAACACUCACGCAGGCUCCAAACACAUCAGGACUACGUUUCCCACCAAGAAGAAAUGGGAGGAGGGACACUGUCUGAAGGACAGGAACGAGCCCUGCCACAUCAUACAAGUGCUAGAAGUCAUGGCAGCGUCCAGAAACGAGGACCCGGCAGAGAUGGCCGACACCAUCUACAACAACACGGUGAAAGUGUUCUUCACAGGGAGCUGACGGACGAUGUCCUUGCUCAGGACUGUUCCUCAGAACUUCUCUGAGGAGGGGUGUCUGGUUUCACCUCAGGCAGGGAAGGCCAUCAACACCUGCUGCUGUCAGUCACUGAAGACAGUCUUCAGACGUCUUCAAAAAUGCCUAGUCAUGGUUGAGGCUAACUUUGCAUGAAGAUGAUGUUCUCUGCCCUUCUGGAAUGUUGUGGAUUUAACUGAGAUGUGUGGCUUGUGCUCUUCCUUAUAUUAGAGUUUGAACACAAGUUUAGUUUUAAUAAUAUUUUUUGAAAAUAAAUGCCCAAUGUAGGUCUAUACCUUUAGUAACCCUAAAUCUGUUUUUCUAAAUUACUACUGUAACUGAAUAAUGUAUCCAUGAUAAUGGUGGUGGUUUUAGGAGAUUGGCGACCUGACCAUGUCUUCAUAAUAUAAUAUCAUUAGUAUGUGAAAUAAAGAAAAAUGAAAUAAAGAUGAAAAACACGA